ACCGCUUUAAGCAAACCAAUCUUUCAUUGAAAACCUUCCCAAUUCCCCGUCUUCUCCAUUUCUUCUCUACAAAUCUUCCAACAGAAAGAAAACCCAUCAUCAUAUUUCCUUCGUUUCUUUAGGGUUUCAAUCGAACAACCGAAGAUGUCGGCGUCGCAGGAACAUCUGGAGAAGAUGCAGCUCCGUCAGAACUACCGAAAUCUCUGGCAUACCGAUCUUAUGGGCACUAUCCAAGCCGACACUCCAUAUUGCUGUCUUGCUCUAUGGUGUGCGCCCUGUAUAUCGUACUUGCUCCGCAAACGAGCCCUUUAUAAUGACAUGACAAGGUAUCAAUGUUGUGCGGGUUAUAUGCCCUGCAGUGGUCGUUGUGGAGAAAGUCGUUGUCCUGAAUUCUGUCUUGGUACUGAGGUUUUCUUGUGCUUUGGAAAUUCAGUAGCUUCAACCCGGUUCCUUUUACAAGAUGAGUUCAACAUUCAGACAACUCAAUGUGACAAUUGCAUCAUUGGGUUUAUGUUUUGUCUUUCACAAAUAGCAUGCAUAUUCUCCAUUGUUGCGAUGAUUGUUGGUAGUGAGGAAAUUCAACAGGCUUCCCAGUUGCUAUCUUGUUUGUCUGAUAUGGUCUAUUGCUCGGUCUGCGCAUGCAUGCAGACACAGCACAAGAUUGAAAUGGACAGAAGAGAUGGUAAGUUCGGGCCACAAGCAAUGGCAGUUCCCCAAGUUCAACAGAUGUCACGACUUGAUCAACCGUACCCUCCAAAUGUCGGAUAUGCCCCUCAACCGGCCUACGGUUAUCCACCUCCUCAAGGCUAUCCUCCUCAAGGCUAUCCCCCACAAGGGUAUGCUCCACAAGGGUAUCCUCCACAAGGGUAUCCCCCACAAGGGUAUGGAAAGUGAGAUCUGUGUUCUACUGCCAUUUUCAAAAGUUCACCGGAUUAUUAUUAUUAUUGUUUGCGAAAUUUAAUGAUGAGACCUUUAUGUUUAAUUGUUUGCAAAUUUUAAUGAAACCUUGUGUAAACAUCACUGUUAUUAUCUUCAGUAUUAAACUAUACUUUUGUGUGA